AUUGUUCUGAUGGAUCAGAUGAAAAUGAUGCAACAUGUAUCACAGUAGAGUGCACCACUAAUGAAUUUACAUGUGGAAGUGGGGAAUGUAUUGAUGUAAGAAGGAAAUGUGACGGGAGAGAAGAUUGUUCUGAUGGUUCAGAUGAGAAUGAUGCCAUGUGUAUCAAAGUAGAGUGUACCACUAAUGAGUUUACAUGUGACAAUGGGGAAUGUAUUGAUGUAAGAAGGAAAUGUGAUGGGAGAAGUGAAUGUACUGAUGGUUCAGAUGAAUCUGAAACAACUUGUCUCUCAACUGUAGAAUGCACCGCUAAUGAGUUUACAUGUGACAAUGGGGAAUGUAUUGACAUAAGAAGGAAAUGUGACAUAUAUAAGGAUUGCUCUGAUGGAUCUGAUGAAUCUGAAACUACUUGUCCAAGAAAAGAGUGCACAGCGUAUGAAUUUACCUGUGGCACUGGAGAGUGCAUUGAUAUCCGAAGGAAAUGUGACAAUAGAGAGGACUGUUCGGACGGAUCAGAUGAAUCUGUUGCAACAUGUCGUAAGUGCAUUCCAAACUCUCCCCUUGCAUUAAUGUGCUUGUAGGUUUAUGUUCUAGGGUUAGGUAAUGUCAGCCCUUGGUUAUUCCAAUUGGCAUUUUCCC